AUGGUGGGGCAGAAGAGCUCAAGGUUCGCCUUCGCCGGCGUUUCGGCAUGGCUGGUAGCAGGAAGUUCAGCUUUCGUGCUCCCAUCGCUGCAGACGGCGAGAACAGCAGCGUUGCCUUCGGCGCCCUCGGCCUCAACCUCUGUCUUUUGCGGCCGACCAGCAGCUGUAGCAUCCUCCCCCAAUGAGGCUACCGCCGCUGGCGCAGGACGGCGGCGCGGCGGCGGGGGGGGGCUGAGGAUGGCCGAAUCCGAGAAGCUCGAAGUGUCCCUGAAGAAGCCCAUGGGCCUCGUGCUCGAGGAAAACGUGGGAGGGUUCGGUGGGCUUAGGGUGAAGGAGGUAGCUGACGGUGGCUCUGCGCAGGAGGAUGGCACCGUGCGUGUCGGUGACCAGCUCUUGGAAGUGCAGGGAGAGAACGUGAAAGGCAUCGAUUUCGACGAGGGCAUGAAGAAGCUCAUGGACGCGCCGGAAGACGGGGUGAAGCUGAAGCUGUUCCGAGGGCUUACCGCCGACCUGUACAACCCCCAGGUCUACUUCGACAUCGAGAUCAAUGGCGAGGACAAGGGCCGUAUCUUGAUGCAGCUGCGGUCGGACGUGGUGCCCAAGACCGCCGAAAACUUCCGGCAGUUGUGCACGGGGGAGGCACCCGACGGCAAGUCUUUCAAGGGCACAAUCUUCCACAGGGUCAUCCCGGGAUUCAUGCUCCAGGGUGGUGACUUCGACAACGCUGACGGCACAGGCGGGUCUUCUAUCUACGGGGCCAAGUUCGAAGACGAGAACUUCAACCUCAAGCACACCGGCCCCGGCGUGCUGAGCAUGGCCAACGCCGGGCCGGGGACCAACGGCAGCCAGUUCUUCAUCUGCGUCGCAAAGACCCCUUGGCUGGACGACAAGCACGUUGUGUUCGGCGAGGUGGUCGACGGCGCCAGGACGGUGAAGGACAUUGAGCUGCUCGGCAGCUCUGGCGGCAAGCCCAGCAAGAAGAUCAAGAUCGUUGACUGCGGCCAGCUUUGAAGCAGGGGCAGAGGAGAUCUGUACCCCUUUUCUCGACAGCUUCUUCUUGUGGAAUUCUAGACAACAAGCGUGACAGACGAUCUCAAAAGGGAUGGAAUUGAGGCGCAGCACAAGCGUCUAGAACCUCAUGUACAUGCCACGCUUGAGUGACACCCCCUGUUGGUGCGUGUUGAUGUUUUAGAAUCGUUUGCAUGAUUUAGGUUGCGUUCUGAGUUGGUGGUGCGGUGCUUAUGAGCUUCUCCCGCAUUGCGUGGGUCCUGCAAUUCAGCUUGAAAGCAAGGUGUCUUGGUUGCUGCCUGUCUAGGCGAUUUUGUUGGACGGAGAAGACCGUGGUCCUGCAAUGCGCGAAGCACUCCGUGUAACUGGUUGCGCGCCGGUCGGAAAUAAAUGUAGGCGCACAUCUAGUCUUCGGAUUCUGGUGCCUGGUCUCUGUGUGCAGC